UAUCUAAACGCGUAAAAGCGAAGCACCUUGGAGGCUGAUCGGUGUUGUUGGCCUUCUCAUUGCCGUUGCGAUUUCGUUUCUCUCUGUUAGCGAUCUCUUGCCGGUAAGGCCUUCCGAUACCUGUGAAUUUCUCAAGGGUCUCACAGAAAUCGAGGUCUAGGGUAUUUGCUCACGAUCUUCGUUUGUUAUUCGCCGAUUUGCCUAUCUGUUUGUGAUUUUGUAAUUGAAUAUUUUGUGUUCUGUGUUCUGUGUUUCUGUGCUGAUUGAUCUUGGGUUUGCUCGGAAAAAAAAAGAUUCAAUUUGUUAUUUUGGUUUGGAUUGGCUAGGGUUUGAACCAACUAAAUUAUUGACUUUUGGGGGUUUAGGGUUUUGAAAAUUGAUUGGGGUUUUCUGUUUUGAUUUUGAUUGUUGAGUUUGAUCACUGAUUUAGAAGAGAUUGUUAAUCAUAUGGCGACAGGGCGAGUCGAUGUUUUGAGGAGAAGGGAUUCUUAUAAUUAUUCCAAAAGAGAAUUUGAAUCUUAUAGGAAUGGGGUUUGUCGAGGUGAUGGCGUCAAACAUAAGAAUGGAUUCCAUUUACCUUCCAAUGUGCACAAUUCAGGAGGGUCUGAACGGUCGUCAAAUUCCUCAGAACCGUGUUCUAGGAAUGGCAAAACCCGAAAGAGUGAAUGUUUGGUUCAAUUGCCUCCUGAGAAGAAGAGGAAGUUUUCUCCUAUUAUAUGGGACAGAGAAGAGAAGCAAGUGAGAGUCUCAUCAAAGAAUAGAGUUGUUCCAGUUAUUCCUCCGUCCCCUGCUCAUCCAACCUCAGUUCAGAACGUUCUUUUUGAUGGGGUUGUUUCAAAGUCUCCAGUUACAGUGGUUAAGUCUCAGGAAGUGGAGGUCUUUGAAUCUUCUGUGGCAGAUUAUUUGGAGGGUAGUUGUCAAUCGGAGGCCCCUGCUGAUUUGUCUACACAGCUGCAUUCUGAGCAGUCCGGGCAAGAUGAGCAGGCUAAAAAAAACAUGGUCCAUCCACCCAACAUCUCAUUCUCAAGAUGGGCAUCUGAUAGUGAUUCUCCAAGGGCUCCAAGGGAUAUCGCUGAUGACCCAUGCAGUUCGCCUGAAAGUGGGGAGAUCCAAAGAGAAGGCUCGGGAGGGAGCCGGACCAGAGUUUCUAGCUCUGACGAAGAAAGCAGCUUUGAGACGCCUGGAGAAAAAUAUUAUGGAGAAGACGAGUUAUGUGACAAAAACAUGAAUAUUGAUAAACAUGAUGGGAAUGCUGGCGUUGCCAUUAACCAGUUGUACUCUGAUUCAGAGUCUGAUUCAGAGGAUGAUGUUGAUCUUCCUAAGAUUGAAGAGCCUGCGGUGCCUAUGCAAGGAAGCAUAAACAUGCUUCAGGGUUGCAGAAGUGUGUUUGAGUAUGAAAAACUCAACAAAAUAAAUGAAGGCACAUAUGGUGUUGUCUAUAGAGCCAGAGAUAAAAAGACUGGAGAAAUUGUAGCAUUAAAGAAGGUGAAGAUGGAUGUUGAUAAGGGUUGUGAUGGUUUCCCAAUGUCAGCAUUGAGAGAAAUAAACAUUCUUUUGUCUUUUAAUCACCCUUCAGUUGUAGGUGUUAAGGAAGUUGUUAUGGACGACUUUGAUGGUGUUUAUAUGGUCAUGGAGUAUAUGGAAUAUGACCUCAAGGGGCUAAUGGAGUCUAUGAAACAGCCAUUUAGUAUAGGUGAAGUAAAGUACUUGAUGCUACAACUUUUGAACGGUGUAGAGUAUCUUCAUGACAAUUGGGUCCUUCACAGAGAUCUGAAAUCAUCAAAUCUCCUUGUGAACAAGGAGGGUGAGUUGAAAAUAUGUGACUUGGGGUUGUCACGCCAGUAUGGGAGUCCACUGAAGCCAUAUACUCCUUUGGUUGUCACUCUGUGGUACAGGGCACCUGAAAUUCUAUUAGGUACAAAACAGUACUCUACAGCAAUUGAUAUGUGGUCAGUUGGUUGCAUAAUGGCUGAAUUGUUGGCGAAGGACGCACUGUUCAAAGGGAAAACUGAAGUUGAUCAGAUUGAUAAGAUCUUCAGAAUGCUUGGUACACCAGAUGAGAAAAGUGGAUUAUCCAAAUUGCCAGGCUUCAAAGUUAAUUCUGUCAAACAACCGUGCUACAAUCAUCUGCGCAAGAAAUUUCCUGCUGCAUCUUUCACUGGAUCAUCCCCAGUGCUCUCUGAAUCGGGGUUUGAUCUGUUGAAGCGGCUCCUAUCAUAUAACCCUGCGGAGCGAAUAACAGCAAAGGAUGCUCUCAACCAUAACUGGUUUCGUGAGUCCCCCGAACCGAGAUAUGAUUUCAAGCCAAUUACUCCUGAUCAGCAUUCAAGACCGGUACCUAAACAGCAGGCAGUGUGAGAAAAAUUUAAGCAAUAAUCUUAGCCUUUUUUAUGGCAGUUCUUCAAAUUUUGCUAACCUGACCAUUAGGCAGCUGCAAAGCACAACACGUGACUGUAGGGCCCUUUAGGAUAGCUACAGCAAGGGAGUUGCAUGGAGAGUCGGUGGGCAGUAAUGGUUUAUCCUUUUAAGAGCAGCAUAGUGGUGCAGUCUUUGUACAUAAUUGAAUCAUAUUGUUUCUAUUCCAAGUUCUUCACUAUUUUUAUGUAAAACCUGUUGUUUUCUCUUUAUUCAUGCUUUAUACUUUUAUUUGCAAGAGAUUCUGGGCCUUAAAAGAAUGGGAGGGUGUUAUUGGCAUUUCGCACUUGAAGGACAGGAAUUUUCCCAAACGUAAGUUAUUUUACUGCACACAAUGGCUUUUGAGGUGUAUCCAGUCUUUUACAUGUAUUGCUGGUUGCUUGUAUUGUGGUGUAUCCAAUUAUCCAUGUUUUCUUCGAUCAUGAUGCUCUGCCCCCAAUGCUUAGCUUAUGGUUAUCCUAUGUUAGGCCAUUGUCUGUUUAUACUCCAUUCAGCAAAUAUAUAAUUAAAAUGCUGGAUUUUUUUUUCUUUGUCUUCAAGUUCAGAGUAAAAGAAUUACUUUAGUUUAUUAGUGAAAUGCAAGUUAUAUCUAGACCACUUCAAAUACAUGAAUAAAAGAAUACAAUUUUGGAAUAUGCAAUGACUGCUGCUAGGAGGUUUCAUUCUUGCAUCGAUGGAAUUCUCCCAAUUAGAAGUCGUUCCAUGUUUGUAUUCCUUCUCAUGUGCAUACGUGUGCGCACUGUAAGUUGAUAGUGCAGGUCAGUUUCAUUGUCUAAGUAGUGUUGCUUGCCAGGACAAUGUGGUUGUAAACUUAUAUUAUGCUUCUGUGUCUUAUUGUAAAUUUUGUGUUUCUUACUUUGCGUUUCCUUCAUUUGGUUAAUUUUUACUUUUGACUUGGAUCUUCCCAUGUGCAUUCUUCGGUUAGGAAUUAGCUUGCUAUUACAAAUGGAGAGUUUUGCUUGCCUGCAGCUAGACCGAUUGGCUGGUAAGGUUGUUGCUUUUUAUUUAUUUUGUACUUAUGUGUGAAUCUAACGGCUGCUAUUAUAUUUUUCGCCACGGGGAGUGAACAUAGGCAUCUCUAGUUUUUGCAUUGUACUUCAAUCUUUUGCUAUAUCAGUAGAAAAUUAUGAUGAUGAAGAGUAAGGGUUUGCCCUUUUGUCCAACCUCCCAUUUAUUUUGUGAUCCUGCUACAAGGUGGCACUUUUAAAUCAAAAAAUCUAAUUGUGAAAUCAUAAUGAAAGUUGAAAAUUGAUGACAAAACAAAUUCAAGUUCAUACCUUUCUUUUCUGAAACCACUCUAGGUUGAAGAUGUACGGGUUGAAUUGCUAUAGUCGAUGUCUAUUGACAUGUUUCAAUUUUUGUCUUGGCCACAUAAGAUCAAUGUUAAAAUUUGCAAGCCAGGGCCUCUUGAUAGCCUGUAUGAAUUCGCAGCGUGAUCAGCCAUGAGGGAACUACCAUCUAAUGAUAAGUAGCGAAAAUCUGAGCGUGGCAGUGUGCUAUAUUUGUAUUUCAUACCUAAAAGCAGCUGUAAUUUUCAAGUUUGCAACAUCUGUAUUUCAUAUUGAGUAAUAAUACUAAACCAGCAGUAACUUUUCUUGUGCUACGAAGGACAUCUCAUCAUACUACCCAUUUUCUUUUC